AUGGAAGCUUUAGAUUGGAUCCAUGAUUCUGGAGAAGCAUACCUAUCAACACAUACAAGUGUUGGUGAAACCAGAGAAGAAACAGAUACUUUAUUAAAGGAGUAUUAUGAAUUUCGAGGCAGAGCUAAAGAAACUAAAGAAAAUGUCAGUUUGCUGCUACAGCUUGCUGAUGGCUUUGUUUCUAAAGGUACUAUCCAUGCUAGCAGCAUUAUGGCAUGGUGUGCAGCCGUAGAUAAACGCUACAAGGAUUUCUCUUCACGCAUGGAAAAAUACAGACAGAAAUUGGAGAGCAAACUUGGUGUCACAAAUGAAACUGAAAAAGAAGAUAGACAAAGUGAUCCAUCUAUUGAAGAGAAAUUACAACAACAUGCGCCCAAGGAACUGACAGAAGAAAAGAGAAAAUCUGCACGCCGAAGAGAAUUUAUUAUGGCUGAAUUAUUACAGACAGAAAGAUCUUAUGUAAAGGAUCUUGAAAACUGCAUGAAGUUUUAUUUAGGUGAAAUGUUGAAUCAACAAAAUAACAUUCCACCAGGAAUUGAAAACAAAGACAGUAUCAUAUUUAGUAAUAUAAAGGAAAUUUAUGAGUUCCAUGACAAGACGUUUUUAAAAGAAUUAGAAAAAUAUGAAACUAUUCCUGAAGAUGUUGGGCAUUGUUUUGUUACUUGGGCUGAAAAAUUCUCUAUUUAUGUAACAUACUGCAAAAACAAACCAGAUUCCAGUCAAUUGCUUGUAGAACAUGCUGGAACAUUCUUUGAGGAAAUACAACAGAAACACAAACUCAGUGAGCCACUAUCAUCUUACUUAAUCAAACCAGUCCAGAGGAUUACCAAAUACCAGUUACUGCUUAAAGAUCUAUUAUCCUGCUGUGAGAAUGAUACUGGGGAAAUAAAGGAUGGUUUAGAUGUUAUGUUAAGUGUGCCCAAGAAAGCCAAUGAUGCUAUGCAUUUAAGCAUGUUAGAAGGUUUAGAGGACAGCCUAGAAGCUCUUGGAGAAGUGCUUCUACAAGAUAAUUUCACAGUUUGGGAUCCAAAGAAUUUAAUUAAAAAAGGAAGAGAACGGCAUAUAUUCUUGUUUGAAAUGUGUUUAGUAUUUGCUAAAGAAAUCAAAGACAGUAAUGGCAAAUCUAAAUAUAUGUAUAAAUCAAAGCUUUUGAUUUCAGACAUUAACAUCACAGAGCACAUUGAAGGAGAUGAAUGUAAAUUUGCCUUGUGGACUGGGAGAGCACCAAUUUCAGAUUACAGAAUAAUUUUAAAGGCAUCUUCUCUGGAUACUAAGCAGCAGUGGGUGAAGAAAAUGCGGGAACUUAUCCAGGAAUGUCUUGUUUACAGACAUUCAGCUUUGAAGGAACAAUUGACAAAACCUGUAGCAACAAUAAAGAUGUUUGCUCAUAGGACAAGCAGGGAUAUGGAGAGUGAUUCAACAUCAUUAGAUGAAGUCCAUAUGGAGCGUAGGGCUAGCCUUGUUUCAGUGAACUCCAAUACUACCACUGCCACAACAGACAGUAGUAGCAGCAGUGGCAGCAGCAACAGAUGUUCCUCUGAUGUAACAGUUGUCAUUGAGGAUUAUUCAGCCACAUCUACCUCAGAACUUAGUAUCCAAAAAGGCCAGCAAGUCGAGCUAGUGGAUGUGUGCCCUGCAGGUCAGCCUGAAUGGUGCCUGGUUCGAACACUACCCAAUGAGGUAGGAGAAUCUAGCCAGGGACUUGUGCCAAUGUCUACACUUAAACCAGUCCCCAUUCUCAAAGUGGCUUCCUCUGCUGGCACUCGUACUAGUGCUGAUUUGGAUGAUUCGUCUAGCAAUUCAAAUGAAGCUAGUCCAAAUGCCUCUAAUGCCUCACUCAAUAAUUCAUCUGCCUCACCUGUUACAAAACGGCGCAGCAGUUUCCGGAUGCCAAAAUUCAAAACAAGGACCAUUCCCAACACUGCAAAACCUACAAGAAAAUGGCUAAUUGAUCCUGUUCGGAAACUGAGCCAUAGCAAGAUAGAAAAAGGAGGACUGGAAAAACAUGCUGUGCCACCAUUUGAACUGAAACCUGAACGCAUAACCAAGAAGACUGUUGCAAAUCUCUCUGCUAUGAAGGAGACCUCAGAUAAUCUUGAAUUAGAACAGGUUUCUGGUCCCCAAAUAUCUGUGGUUACUCCAAAAUCUGCCCUAGAGGUAACCAGUGAGGAGGAUCCUGAAUCAGCCUUUGAUAUUGAAAUGCCUCCCCCAAUGGCCAUCCAGGACCACACAUUUGCUGCAGCCCAGCCCCCAGCACCAGAUGAAAGUCAUACAAAACUUGCCUCAACACUUUCUCUGAAGGCACAAACAGAAGCUGCUACAGCAGCUAGUGCUGUAGACUUGGCUACAGAAAUUGAAAAUAUUGUCAAACAGAAGAUGGAACAAACUGAUUCCACAUUGUCUGCUGCUUCGUCAACAUUGUCUCAAACAGUAUCAGGCAUAAGUGGAUCAGAAGAACAAGGUGAAGCAGUAGCGGCAGCAGAACAAACAAGUGAAUCAGAAAACAAGGGGCCAGGUGGAGAAGUUUCUGAUAAAGAGAAAUAUCUUCUUAAGCGAAUUUAUGUGAUAAAGGAGUUAAUAGAGACCGAGAAAGAUUAUGUAAAAGACUUAGGUGCAAUUGUUGAGGGUUACAUGAACUAUUUAAAAGAAAACCCAUUACCUUCUGGAGCAGAGGGUAAAGACAAGAUCAUUUUUGGCAAUAUUCACCAAAUAUAUGAUUGGCACAGAGAGACAUUUCAACCUGAAUUAGAAAAAUGUUUAGAAGAACCUGAUAAAGUAGGAUCUGUUUUUGUAAGAUAUGAAAAACGAUUGUAUAUGUAUGUAAAAUAUUGUGAAAACAAACCUAAAUCUGAUAUAAUUGUGGCAGAAUAUGUAGAUUCAGUUUUUGAGGACAUCAGGCAGAAAUUAGGUCAUCGCCUCCAGCUUCAAGACCUGCUCAUCAAACCUAUCCAAAGAAUUAUGAAGUAUCAACUAUUAUUAAAAGAUAUUUUAUUACAUACUCAGAAGGCUGGUUUGGAUACUGCUGACUUAAAGAAGGCUGUGGCUGUGAUGUGUAUAGUGCCAAAAGCUGCUAAUGAUAUGAUGCAGGUUGGCCGUUUACAAGGGUUUGAUGGUAAAUUGACAGCUCAAGGAAAGUUGUUACUUCAGGAAACUCUAUUGGUUGCUGAAGUGUCAGAAGGAACUCACUCCAAGUUCAGAGAAAGACGGGUUUUUCUAUUUGAACAGAUCAUAAUAUUCAGUGAAGUAAUUGAAGAAAAGAAGAAAGGCAGUUUUUAUAAUGCCAAUUAUAUUUAUAAAAAUACAGUAAAGGUUAAUAAAAUGUCAAUGACUGAAAAAGUGGAAGGGGAGCCACUAAGAUUUGUUCUUGUGGAUAGAACACCUGGCACAGACAUGAGGUUUAUUGUGCAAGCUCCAUCGGAGGAAGUUAAAAAUGAAUGGAUUACACAGAUCCGUUCUAUAUUAGAUAUGCAAGGAGAUUUUCUACGAGCUCUUCAGUCACCGAUUGCCUAUCAGAAAGAAAGGACGAAAGAGUUAUCUGCUCCUGAAUUUGGAAGUCUAACGAAAGAACCCUUAUUCCGAAGUGCGAGUGUGGCUCAUGCAAAGCUUGGACAAUUGCAAGGUUCACAGACUGUUCCCUUUGUGGGAAAUGCCAAAAAGACUGGUCGACAAGAUUCUAUAAAAAAUACAAGGUGCCGCUCAGCACCUGGACCUCGAGCAUGUGAAAAUUCUGAGACUGAAGGUGCAGAAGAAGUAAUUGAGGAACUGAAAUUGUCUGAUCCAACUUCACCUGCAGAUUCCAAUAAUGAACAGGCUUCAGAUUCUAAAAAACAUGCUGAAUCAAAGAAAACACCUCCAAGUUGUCAGUCUCCUACAAAUGGUAGCACGGGUUCUCCAAAGCCAAAGAAAACAAUAUUUGAAGGAUUCCGAAAUACUUUGCGAAAAUCCAAAGGUGAAAACUGCGGAAAUCGGUCAUCUGAAGUUUUCACAAAUGCACACUCAAUGCCAGAUAUUGUUCAAGAAAGUGGUGAGCGGAGUAACUCAGGGGAUAGUACUGGCUCACUAAAACAAGCUAGUAUGGACUUGAGUCAGACUGAAGUUGAGCUGUUACCGGCAGGAUCAGAUGGCAGUUAUUCAUUGGCUCGAGUGAUUGCUGAUUAUUCGGCUAUUAAAGAAGAUGAAAUCUCAGUGAGUAAAGGUGAAAAGGUCCAAAUCCUGACCACCAACCAGAACAACAUGUUUCUUGUUCACAGAGCUGCUAAUGAAGUUUCUCCAGCAGCAGAAGGUUGGAUUCCUGGUGGUGUUCUUGGACCAAUUGAUGAAGGUGGCAGUCUUAAGAAAACCUCUUGGCAAAUGUUCAAGCUUCGUAAAUCUAGUUUCAAAAAAGAAGUUGAUGGGAAAAACAGUUUAGAAAGGAAAAGUCGAAGUUUAGGACGUGAUGGAAAACUGCCCUCCUCAACAUCAAAGAUGACCAACUCGGACUUUGUGUAUGAAGUCCCACCAACUAUCCAGCAACCUUUGACCAAUGUAACAGUGAAUGCUGGAGAAGUAGCUGUACUGACUUGCCGUAUCUGUGGUCGUCCUCGGCCCAACAUCACCUGGAAGACGCCAGACUCUCAGACUAUCAUCCCAAGUGUCAAAAUUGCUAUAAGUUACAGUGAUGAAAACAAUGAAGCAACACUACAGUUAUCUGAUGUAACAAUGGCAGAUGAUGGGGAAUAUUUGUGUGUUGGCAGCAGUGAGCUUGGGACGGUCAUGACAAGAGCAAUCCUCACAGUUAUUGACCGUCCACCACCACCUGGCAAACCUGUGAUUCGGAGCCAGGUAGGAACUGUGGUACAUCUGGAAUGGUCGCCGCCAUUCCAGUCCAAAUGUGGACAGAUUCAGGGAUAUACAGUUGAAUAUAGAUUUUGUGGAACCAAAUCUGGUGAGUGGCAGACUGCUAUUCCCUAUGUACCCACCACUUCGCAGGUUGUUGAAGAUCUUCUUCCUGGUUCCACGUACCAAUUCCAGGUCAGAGCAAACAAUGCCGUUGGUGUCAGUGACCCAAGCUUUGCGUCAGAUCCAGUUACAAUUCCUACAGAAUCAGAAUUGAGUGGCCGUGAAGAAAUGGUUGGUGCUAUAUGGAAAGCUACAUUUGACUAUGACUAUAAUGAAUUGGAUGAACUUGGCAGAGGUCGUUUUGCUGUUGUAAAACGUUGUGUACAGAAAUGUUCUGGCCAAGAUGUCGCUGCUAAGUACAUCAACCGCAAACACUUAUCAAAGGAAGCUAUAGAGACAGAGUUCAACACAUUACAGAGCCUCUAUCAUACACACCUUGUUAAAGUGUUUGACUUGUAUGAAACACAGGCUAAUUAUAUCCUAAUCAUGGAAAUGAUCCCCUCUGGACGUUUAUUGGAGUUCAUCUGCAGCAGAGCUCACUUUGAUGAACUACAAGCUGCUGAAUAUGUACAACAAAUACUGGAUGCCAUUCAGUAUCUUCACAAUUGUCGCAUUGCUCACCUGGAUAUUAAGCCUGAAAAUAUUGUAGUUGAUUCUUGUGUAAAUCCUGGGGUCAAAUUAAUUGACUUUGGUGAUGCUCGUCACAUUUACAACAAUUAUUACAUCCACCCUGUAGUUGGCAACCCAGAAUUUAUGGCACCUGAACUGGUCAGUGGUACACCUGUUGGCCUACUCACUGAUAUAUGGAGUGUGGGUGUCAUUGUGUAUGUGUUGCUUAGUGGCGUGUCUCCAUUUCUGGAUGAAAGCCAAGAGGAAACCUGCUCAAAUAUUGUACGCAAUGAUUACAGUUUUCCCGAUGAAUACUUUGCUGGCAUUUCUGCUGAAGCAAAGGAUCUUGCCCGGUCAAUGUUGAUGGAAGAUAUGAAUAAACGGCCAUUAGCACAGCAAUGUUUAGAAAGUGCAUGGAUCAAAAAAGCAAGCAUCCCACGAACGUCCCCGCUUCGCCCUAAACCUAUCUCUACCACUCGCCUUGCUGAUUUUGUAGAGAGAAGGAAGCACCAGAGUGACACCUUAAAAACAUUUUUCUUUUUUUUAAUCCUGCACUCUUUUAUCCUUUCCUUCUCUCUUCUUUGCACAUGUGCCCAUCAUCACCUGCAUUGCUACCAAAUGCUACCAUUGCACCCUGGCCAAUGGACAUUGUUCUUGUUUUAA